AUGGAGUUGAGUUUGUAAUCGCGAUUGUAAUGUUGCUUGUGCUUUGUAUUCCGUUUUAUGUGUUUUACACAUUUAUAUCUCUAUAAAUGAGAAACAAUCCAUGUACCUAAUAAUGGGUGCCAUAUAUACAUUAAGGGUAAUAAUUUAAUCGUCGAAUCUACAAAUGGCUGCAGAGUCGUAUCUAAAAGCUACCAAGUAUUCAAAGUAUACAUCGUAUAGAAAUAUAUUGUACCAUAGGUUUUUUGUUGGUUUGCUAUUGUUUAUAGUGGUGUCUCUAGUGCUAACUAUAAUAUUUAACGUGUACGGUGGAAGUGCGCCCAGAACGGAACACCAUAAAAGUGUAAACUUGGAUUUGUUUCGUCUGCCAGCGAGGACUGUGCCGAAAAACUCCGCGUUUUCGAGUCCCCGCGCUACGAACUGUACUUACUGGAACUGCUUCAACGUGUACAAGUGUGGUCGAGGUGGCCACGACAAGAUCACCAUUUACAUCUAUCCUCUCGAAGAUUUUAAAAAUGAAAAUGGGGAUUCGAUUUAUGAAUUCACGAGGGAGUUCCAUGAGAUUUUGUCCACGAUCAAGAGUAGUAAAUAUUACACACCAAACCCUAAAGAGGCUUGCUUGUUAGUGCCGAGUAUAGAUACUCUUAAUCAGAACAAGUUUUCCAGUGAGCAUGUAUCUCAGGCUCUGCAGUCACUUGAACACUGGGAUGAUGGUGAGAAUCAUCUCAUAUUUAACAUGGUCCCGGGGAGCGCACCAAACUACAAUACAGUGGUGGAUCUCAACACAAGCAAAGCCAUUAUAGCAGGAGCAGGAUUUGACACUUGGACGUUUAGAUUUGGUUUUGAUAUAUCAAUACCUCUGUACAGUCAUAUCGCACAAAAUAUUGAUAGUACACAGCCUAAACAAAAGAAUUACUUAAUAGUGUCCACGCAGCUUAACAUACCAGAAGACUACUUGUCCGAAUUACAGAAUAUUGCCUCAUCGUCAAAUGAUUUACUAUUAUUAAAUAGCUGUCCAGGUUCCAAUGAUUAUACAAAGAGAUGCGAGUAUACUACUGGGAAGGUUUUUGAAUACCCAGAUAUAUUAAAAGAGGGUAUGUUCUGCUUAGUCAUACGGAGUGCAAGACUAGCUCAGUCCGUGUUGAUGGAUAUUAUUGCAUCGCAAUGUAUACCAGUUGUGAUAGCUGAUACGAUAGUCAUGCCUUUCAAUUCUCACGUGGACUGGAACCGAAUUGCCAUGUUUGUACCUGAGCAAAAUAUAAGAAGUUUACAGAAAAUAGUGCAUUCCGUAAGCAAAGAACGCAGAGGGGAAUUGUACUGGCAGUUAAGAUGGGUGUAUGACAAAUACUUUUCAAGUGUAGAGAAGAUGACAUUGACGACUCUUGAAAUUAUAAAUGAAAAAGUUUUCCCGUUAGCAGCUAGAAUGUACGAAGAUUGGAACAUGCCUGAACAUUUGUACGGUCCAGUAAACCCGCUGUUCCUGCCAGUGACAGCGCCGAAAGCACCAGGCUUCACGGCCGUCAUACUGACGUAUGACCGCGUUGACAGCCUGUUCACGCUUGUCCGGAACUUGGUGAAGACGCCCAGCCUAGCCAAGAUACUGGUGAUAUGGAACAACCAGAACAAGAAACCUCCUCCAUCAAACGAGUGGCCAGUGAUCAACAAGCCGCUGAAAGUGAUUCUGACGAAGGAGAACAAACUGUCGAACCGUUUCUACCCUUAUGACGAGAUCGAGACUGAAUGUCAGCUGACUAUUGAUGAUGAUAUCAUCAUGCUGACGCCAGAUGAGUUGGAGUUUGGGUUCGACGUGUGGCGGGAGUUCCCCGACCGCAUCGUGGGGUUCCCGGCGCGGCUGCACGUGUGGGACAACACCACGGCGCAGUGGCGCUACCACAGCGAGUGGACUAACGAGUACUCCAUGGUGCUGACCGGCGCGGCGUUCCACCACAAGAUCUGGUCGUGGUACUACACGCGGCGCAUGUCGCGCGACAUCCGCGACUGGGUCGACGACAACUUCAACUGUGAGGACAUCGCCAUGAACUUCCUAGUCUCUAAUGUGACGAGGAAGGCGCCUAUCAAGGUGACACCUCGCAAGAAGUUCAAGUGUCCGGAGUGCACCAACACGGAAAUGCUGUCAGCUGACGCCCGCCACAUGGCGUCGCGGUCAGCCUGCGUGGAGAGACUGGCCAAGGAGUACGGUCACAUGCCUCUCCGGCCCAUAGCGUUCCGGGCAGACCCGCUCCAGUAUAGGGAGCCAGCGGGCGGAGUGCCCCAAGCUUACCCGGACAUUGGGAAACUGUGAAAUGUAGUGUUGUGUAGUGAAUUAUUUGGAAUAUAUGUCAUGCAGAAAGUGUAUAAAGUGAAUUGAAAUAGUGAUAUUAUGAAAUGCGACCUGUCAG